UUAACAUCAUUUAUUACUGAUUAUUUCUGUAUUAACAUAACUUAUUACUCAUUUCUGUAAUAACGUUAUUUAUUCAUGAUUACGUCUGUCUUAACAUAAUUUAUUACUGAUUAUUUCUGUAAUAACAUAAUUUAUUAAUGAUUAUUUCUGUAUUAACAUAAUUUAUUAUCGAUUACGUCUGUCUUAACAUAAUUUAUUAUUGAUUAUUUCUGUAUUAACAUAAUUUAUUAAUUAUUAUUUCUGUAAUAACAUAAUUUAUUAUGAUAAUUUCUGUAUUAACAUAAUUUAUUAAUUAUUAUUUCUGUAACAACAUUUCUUCUCUCUUUCUCCUGAAGGUGAAUGACAUAAUUACUGUAAAGCAUCUGAUCACAUGAUGACCUCCAUGGAUGACAUCAUGACGGAAUUCACCACCGAGGACCCGUCCUCCGUCAGCCCGUCGGUAACUCCUGACUAUGACGACUAUGACGACCUGAUGUGCGACCGGGCAUCGGUUCGAGUGUUCCGAGGUCGCUACGAGCCACCGUUGUUCUGGCUGAUCGCCUUGGUGGGCGGAGUCGGGAACCUGGCGGUGGUGUGGAUCUACACAAACUUUCGGCGGCGGCUGAAGACAAUGACGGACGUUUACCUGCUGAACCUGGCGGUGGCCGACCUGCUGUUCCUCGUCACGCUGCCGCUGUGGGCGGCGGAGGCGUGGCAGGGCACCUGGAGCUUCGGCUCACCACUCUGCAAGACGACCUCGGCGCUCUACAAGGUGAACCUCUUCAGCAGCAUGAUGCUGCUCACCUGCAUCAGCGUCGACCGAUACGUGGUCAUUGUGCAGAGUACGAAGGCGCAGAACUCACAGGUGGAGCGCCGCCGCUGCAGCCGGCUGGUGUGCCUGGGGGUGUGGCUUCUGGCCCUGCUGCUCGCCACGCCAGAGCUUGUGUUUGCCACCAAGGAGGAAUCAAAGGAUUACUGCCAGAUGGUGUACCCGUCUCACCUGGGCAACCGCACCAAGGUCCUGGUGCUGUCGCUGCAGGUGAGCAUGGGCUUCUGCCUGCCCUUCCUCGUCAUGGCGUUCUGCUACAGCGUCAUCUUCGCCAAGCUGCUCCGAACGCGCAACUUCCAGAAGCACAAGGCGAUGCGGGUCAUCCUGGCUGUGGUGGUGGUGUUCAUCGUGUCCCAGCUGCCAUACAACGGCAUGCUGGUGUUUGAGGCGGCGCAGGCAUACCGCAUGACGGUGACAGACUGUGAGGAGCUGAAACGGCUGGACGUGGUUGGGCAGGUGCUGAAGAGCCUGGCGUACCUGCAUGCCUGCCUGAACCCGUUCCUCUACGCCUUUGUGGGCGAUCGCUUCCGCCGCGACGUGCUGCAGCUGCUGCGCGGCUGCCGCUGUCGGACAACCGCCAGCAAGAAACCACUGAAGUUCAGGAGCCCGCUGAGCUCGACCCGCGCCUCCGUGAUGUCGGACAGCGACACCUCUCAGGCGUUGUCACUGUAGAGUCGCUUCUUCCUGUUUACCUGUGAUGUCAGCAGAUGACAUCAUUGAUCUUCAAAGCCCUGAAAAUCGACUUCCUGUGUUCAUUUAGGGCUUUUCAAAUUAAGGUGACUUCUAGGCAUUUAGUUUUUCAUAUUAAAGGACAAAAGAAAGACUUAAAUUAAGAUAAAUUCAUUAAAUUCAAAUUUGUUUCAGUUUGUCAACAAAAAAAAACAUAAAACAGCCGAACUGGAGUCACCUUGAUAUUUAAGGACUGCCAGGACCUAUAUGACCUUUCAGGACCUUCCUGUGUAUUAAAUGUGAAGCUCUCUUUUAGCUGCUGUGGUUGGACAGUUUGGUCAUAUGACCUCCUCAGGUGUUUGAACAGGAAACGCAUCACAUGAAUUAAGUGACGAUGUGAUUUUUCUCUGAAUGUGAAUUUUAGAAAUGAUUUCAAAUUAUUAAACAUAUGCUAACACAUGCUAACUUGCUAAUACAUGCUAACAUGCUAACACAUGCUAACAUAUGCUCACAUGCUAACGUGGACAGAAUUUCUGAAUGAUUUUGAUGUUUAGAAACAUGAAACUUUUCUCAGACUGAACUGAAUGUAAAUGUUUUAAUAUUAAAUAAAGUGUGUAAACUGA